CAAAAUGCUAACAACACAGAAAGCUAACAUCACAGAAGGCUAACACCAAAGCUUAAGAUCAUAGCUGUGCCCGUCGUUUUAGCACAUCAAAGCCCAGUUUUAAAAUUGGAGGAAUUACCCAGGAUAUGACAAAGUAUUUCCACUUCAUAGCUGUGUUUUAGAGGCUUGGCGACGGCCAUAGCAAUGACACUUGAAGGAUUCUCCAGGCUACCAAUGCGUUUGUCCUCUAAGAAGUGUCUUGGACUGCUUGUGAUUAGUGGCUCCCUGCUGGUAGUGCUUUUUAACACGUGGAGCCCUACAGCUCUCUCGGCAGUUGACCUACGGCCCGGGCACAACGUUGGAAUGGAGACCGUCAUCAUGGAGAAACUUCAAGACCUCUUGAAUAAAUAUAAUGAUAUUUCCUAUCAUAUAAAGGAAGAUGUGGCAUGUCUUUUGAGAAGAAAUUCAUGUGAAUGUGUGGCUGAUAAGGAGACCGUUAAGAUGCCUCUUUCCAGUCUGCUGUUCCCACGCGUGAAGGCGCGCAACUUGGGCCAGGUCUUCUUACAAUCACACCCGGACCCCUCAGGUGUGAAGCGUCACAGAGCUGAAGAGUACAACAGUUUUCAGAAAAGGUCCUCCAGUCCUGCGGAUGUGCUUAUUGUGAACGAGGGCAAUAGUCCCCUUCAAUAUCCCUCCCAGGGUGUUGCAGUGCGACCCCUCAAAACAAUCAUCAUUCCAGGUUUGGGGCUUGUUGAAAAAGCAAGAUCCAACCAUACGGUAUAUUUGACAGCAACUUUAGGAACUUUUGAUGUCGCCGCUACAGUGGAUAUGGUCUCGGUUAAGGGAGAAGGAGAGAAGCAUAUGAUGCUCUCGAGUCCUGUUCUCGCUGCGCUGAACAGGCAGCUGCAGUUUGUCACCUACACAAACACUGUGUUCCAUCCCAGAACAGCAGACACAGUUCAGUUUGCAAAUGAAGGUCAUCGGUCAUUUUUCACCAUAAAAGUCGGACAUGCCACUAUCCCGAGACUUUACAGCUCUGGAUAUGCAAAAGAGACCAAUAUCAGUGCCCUUGUUACCAUUGUGACAAAGACCUUUCUACGCUAUGAUAAACUCCAAGAUCUUAUCGCCAGCAUAAGGCAAUAUUAUCCAAACGUCACCAUUGUGAUAGCUGACGAUAAUGAGCACCCGCAACAGGUGAAGGGACCGCACAUUGAACAAUUCAUUAUGCCAUUUGGAAAGGGUUGGUUUGCGGGGCGAAAUUUGGCAGUGUCCCAGGUGAGCAGCAAAUAUGUUCUCUGGGUGGAUGAUGAUUUCCUCUUCACUGCAAACACCAAGCUGGAAAAGAUGGUUGAUAUCCUGGAGAAGACCAGCCUAGAUCUGGUUGGGGGUGCGGUUCGAGAGAUAACAGGUUGGACUACAACCUUCCGCCAUACCAUUUCUGUGGAAGAGGGGGGAGAGGAUGGAGACUGUAUACAUAUCAGGCGUGGAUACCACCACGAUAUUGAGGGAUUUGCCAAUUGCGUGGUCGCUGAUGCUGUCAUCAACUUCUUCAUGGGGAGGACUGACAAAGUGCAGCAGGUUGGCUUUGACCCCCGCCUAGCUCGCCGUGGCCACCUGGAGUUCUUUAUUGAUGCCCUGGGCUCCCUUCACAUUGGCUCCUGCAGUGAUGUCAUUAUAAACCACGCAUCAAAGAUCAAGCUGCCAUGGAGCGAUGGAACAGACUCACAAAAGGCCUAUGAAAAGUUCCGAUACUCCCAAAGCAGUGUUGAAAAGCAUAUUCACGAUGAAGUCUUCUACUUCAAGAACAGGUUCAAAUGCAUGACCACUCAAUGAAGACAGUGCUCCUCGGGUGACUAUCUUCUUUUUUUUCACUGCCUGAACCACAUUUUCUAGUGAAAAACAGUAUUAAUAUGUAAAUAUGCACUGUUUACUCUGGUCAUCAUCUUGCCUCUUAAUUUGGCAUGAUGCCGACUAGGCCCACAUAGGAAGAACAGCCCUUGCCUUACUAAUAGUGCCACCUAGGGGUUGAUUUAUUUCAUGACUGUAUGUGGAACCUCCAGCAUCCACCACAAUCUCUGUGAUGCUAGUCCACUUCCCAACAAAUAUUCCAAAACAAUCAUUUACAUUUAUGUGUAUUACAAUAUUAGCGAAGGCAGCAUGGUGGUGAAUGUGUCUCACAAUAAAAAAAGAUCCUGGGUUCGA